AUGACGGGAAGCCGUAAGAAUGAUCCAAAUACUAGCGUGAUGCACACAUCAUCAGUUAAACAUAAUGGACGCAGAAGGGAGGAGAUUCAAAGCUAUUCCGAUAUACAACCAGCGGAACGUCAGUUUAGUGAAUCCAGUCCAGCAAUUAUGGAACAAGAAAAUGGUCCUUCGACAGAGGGGCAUCGUCUUCUGGGACACCAAAAGAAUAUCUCUGCAGCAAACAGCCCGUCAGAACACAGUGACCUCAACAUAAAUACAGCAAGACAAAAUAUAACUGAAGAAAAAGUGGAAGGCAGUUUACAAACAAUUAACAGUUUCGAGGGAAACCGCUUUAGUGACUUUGAUACAAACAGAGAGAAACAAGGGUUUGAAGACAAAAUUGUUCGGAAUAGAUAUAAUUUAGGGUCAAAUGGCUUUGGAGACCAUACAUGGCAGAGUGAUGUGGGCACUCAAGGAAACCGGGAUGACAAAAUGCAAAGCGGCUUUGACUCCAAGAGGAGCCUACACAGUAUCAUGACGUGGAAUGGUGAUUCUGGUAGAAUUAAAGAGCAGAAAGAAAGUACCCAAGAUAAACGUGAUUCGUGGAGAAAUAAAUUCAGUAAAUGGCACAGCUAUUCUGGAAGUAAGAGCGAAGUAGAAGUCGGCAAUUACCAGAAGGGGUUCGACGGCCGCUUCAACCCAGACACGUGGUACAGUGAUACUGGUACAGGGAACGAAAAUCUUCGAAUUUUUCAAGAAAAUCAAGGAGAUAACAACGUACAACAUUCACACUAUUCAGCGAGGAAUUCAUUCGAUGAUGUGUGGCUGGGUGACACCGAUGCGAUUACGGAAGGACAGCAUACAUCAAGAGGCAAAGAGGCAACUGUGGAAAACAUUUUUGAUUCAGAAGGGCAUCGUUUCGAUAAAAUCAACUGGCAAAAUAAUUAUCUUACGCCCACGGCAGAAUAUGAGCCAGGACAGGAGGUAUUUAAUUUUCAGAUACACCGCCACGAUGACGUAACGUGGGACAGGGGUUAUAGUUCUGGGAGUGAAUAUCGUGUGUCCGAUUUCAAUCAGGCACAUGGAUUUGAUUCGAGCAGAAACCGUUUCAGUGGCACCCCGUGGCAGAGCGACUACAACUUCGAAGGAGUAAGGCAGCAUGUGCCAGUGUACACAGAAGCAGAUGGUGCACUUAUCAAGAAUCAGUACACUGGUGCGAACGUGCCGUUUCAUCAUGGUGGAUACCCGCUCAGAGCCUGGACGAGAGUUGCGACAGGUCCACCAACAGCAGUUACCAGCUACAUUCUACCCAACGGCACGAGAGUGGUGAAACUCAGGAGGAUCGUCCUCUACAGGAAACUAGAAAUAUCACCAGAUGAAGACAGUCCAAGGACCUUCGCAGACAUUGCCAAGGGCAUCCUCCAGAAGAAAGUGGCCAAAUUUCUGAGCCUCUUCACUAUUGUUGAAUUCCCUAAUGAGCCCUGUCAAACAGUUGGGGGUGUAAAUGGAACAUGUUACCACCAUCUGGAAUGUAAAAGUCUUGGUGGAGUGGCUAGUGGAUCAUGUGCGCAAGGAUAUGGUGUAUGCUGUUACUUUGAGAAGUCAUGUGGAGAAGUAACACGCCAAAACUGCAGCUACUUUGUCAACCCUGGGUACCCAUCAUCUAUAACUAACAUGCUUGCCUGCAUCCUUGUUAUUGAGAAGGCCCAUCCAGAUGUCUCACAGAUACGUCUUGAUUUCUUCAUGUUUGAGCUGCUUGGACCAACGAAUGGAACUUGUAUAGAUGACCAGUUUAUUGUGACGGGACAGAACACUAAUAGCAUCACGCCCAUCAUCUGUGGCAUCAAUACAGGACAGCACAUUUACAUGGAUGUGGACACUGUUACUGGACCACUGCAGCUGAACAUGUUGACAAUGAGGAAUAACCUUCCCCGGAGCUUUAAAAUAAAAAUUACACAGAUCAAGAAAGGCAGUCCUCUUGAAGCCCCCAGGAACUGCUUCCAGUACUAUAGAGGAGUUCAGGGUUCAAUCGAGUCCUUCAACUACCAAGCAAUGAAAGGCAGCAAUUUACCUAUUAUUCCUGGCUACAUGGAACCUGGAUAUUGCAGUGUAACCUACACAAGUACGGCUCCAGAUGGAACGGCAUACCCUUUCCAGCUCACCAACGUAGAUCAAGAUGGACAUCCACUUAUACCACCAGGGCAAGCUGGGGCAGAGAUUUUUAAUUGCCCUGAUGAUUAUAUUGUAAUAAAUGGCAUCCGACUGUGUGGUGAGAGGCUUAAUGAUGCGUCAGUGCAACUUGACUUCACGAGGAAUUACCCAGUUACAGAUACAUCUAACGGACCAUUUAUGAUACCUGUUCGAACUAACGCCAACACCAAUGGAAGAGGAUUCAGGAUAGAUUACCUACAGAAUUCUUGUGCAAGUUGAGUGCACAGACCAGCAAUCAAGAAGUGGUUCCGCUUAUAUUUAUUCACAUUAUUUUAUUUUCACUAGGUUAACGCACUGUGUAAAAAAUGAAAGCAUAUGAACGGUUAUGCUAAACUUGUCUUUAGGUCUAAUGUGUAAUUUCAGCUUCCAGGGUGUAGACACAUUGUACAUUAUAGUUAUUACACAAUUUUGGUACAUAGUUCAAGCACCAUUUUCAGGAAGAAUAAAGCAAAAGGAAGACAAUUCCAGACAUGUAGGUCUCACAAUGGAAGUAAGGGUGGCGGUAAUGAGCUUGGUGCUAUCCAAUGGCAAAAUGAUGUGGCAUAAUGUGUAAGUCUUGUAGUAGAAGAUACGGUUACAAUGUGAAAUGUGGUGCUAACAAAUGGUGUCCUUAACAAGAUAAUUUCAAGAAGAGCAGAUUUCACUCAGUUUGAAUGGAUCUUCACAGUACUGGUCCAGACAAUGUUUGAUACCAUGGCUAGCUAAAUGAAAGCAGCCUCAAGUUUCAUUCUAACAAUAUAUUUAUGAUGAGUUUUAUGGGUACUCUAAUAUGAUUCAUAUCAUAUAACAAUAUAAAUGGCUGUGAACUGAAAAAUAAAAAUGCCUUAACCUGUAUUAUUUUACAGUGGUUUAUACCAUUUUAG